AUGUCGCUCCCAUCGAGCCUUCUGCCGAGCGAGGGCGCGCCGGAGUGGCUCAACAAGGGGGACAACUCGUGGCAGCUGACCGCCGCCACGCUCGUCGGGCUUCAGAGCGUUCCGGGCCUGGUGAUCCUCUAUGGCAGCAUCGUCAAGAAGAAGUGGGCGGUCAACUCGGCCUUCAUGGCGCUCUACGCCUUCGCCGCCGUCUUAAUCUGCUGGUGCAUCUGGGGCUUCCGCAUGGCCUUCGGAGAGCCGCUCCUCCCCUUCUGGGGCCGUCCCGACGCCAACGUCCUCGAGCAGAAGUUCCUCCUGGCCCAGGGCUUCGCCGGGCUCUACCCCAACGCCACGCUGGUCUACUUUCAGUUCGUCUUCGCCGCCAUCACGCCCAUACUGAUCGCCGGCUCGCUGCUCGGCAGGAUGAACUUUAAAGCGUGGAUGCUGUUCGUGCCGCUGUGGCUCACCUUCUCGUACACGAUCGGCGCGUUCAGCCUCUGGAGCCCGAACGGGUUCCUGUUCAAGGCCGGCGUCAUGGACUUUGCCGGAGGCUACGUCAUCCAUCUCUCCUCCGGGAUCGCCGGACUCACCGCUGCUUAUUGGGUCGGGCCGAGAGUGGCGAAGGACAGGGAGAGGUUUCCGCCCAACAACAUCCUGCUAACGCUGACCGGCGCGGGACUGCUGUGGCUGGGGUGGACUGGUUUCAACGGUGGCGCUCCCUACGCGGCCAACCUCGCCGCAUCUAUCGCCAUCGUCAACACUCAUCUCUGCACCGCCACCAGCCUCCUCGUCUGGCUCUUCCUCGACAUGUUCUACUUCUCGAAGCCGUCAGUCAUCGGCGCCGUCCAGGGAAUGAUCACCGGCCUCGUUUGCAUCACUCCUGCCGCAGGGCUGGUGCAGCCUUGGGCAGCCAUCAUCAUGGGCGUCCUGUCAGGAAGCAUUCCCUGGUUUACCAUGAUGGUGCUCCACAGGAAGAUCCAAUUCCUGAAGAAGGUCGACGACACGCUCGCCGUCUUCCACACCCACGGCAUUGCCGGCAGCUUGGGCGGCAUCCUCACCGGAAUCUUGGCCGACCCAAGACUGAACCGCCUCUUCUUCGGCGACAAUCCCAGUUACGUCGGACUCGCCUACGCCAUCAAAAUGGGCCGCGCCACCGCAGGACUGCGUCAAAUUGGCAUGCAAUUCGCCGGCAUUGGAUUCAUCAUUGCGCUCAACGUCGUCAUCACCAGCGUCAUAUGCUUGCUGAUCAAGGUGGUCGUCCCGCUUCGACUUAGCGAGGAGGAGUUGCUGGUGGGAGACGACGCCAUCCACGGCGAGGACGCCUACGCGGUGUGGGGCGACGGCGAGACGUACGAGAAGUCGAUUCAUGGGUACGAGAACUUCGCCUCUGCGAAGACAGAGGAGAUGGCAUGAGGAGCA